UGGGCGCGGCUUAGUGACGCAUUGCGGUUGUUUCCCCGCCCGCUGGCGGCAGUCCACACGGCGCGUGCGUGUGCGUUUACGUGCACAGCAGACGUUUGUUUGCGUGCGCGUUCACGCGGGCCGUGCUGGUGCUGGUACCGGCGCUGGCUUUGGCUUGCGCAGGCGCGUGGAUGCGGCCGCGGCGUCGGUGCAGGUACAAGCGGAAAAAGACGUCUUAUUUUCGGCGUUCUUUGCGACAUGGCGGCGUCCGGCCGGCGGUAGAUCUUUCCCCGUUUCUGCGUUCGAGAGGAUUACGCGAGGAACCAUGACCUCGGGCCAGGAUGAAAGUUCGGUUCGUGUGGCGUUGAGGAUCCGUCCUCAACUGGCACGGGAGAAGAUCGAAGGAUGCCACAUUUGCACAUACGUGAUGCCCGGCGAGCCUCAAGUCAUCUUGGGCAAGGACAAAUCCUUCACGUACGACUACGUGUUCGACAUGGACUCGCAGCAGGACGCCAUAUACCAAACUUGCACCGAGAAGCUGAUCGAAGGUUGCUUCGAGGGAUACAACGCCACAGUCUUUGCUUACGGACAGACUGGUUCGGGCAAGACUUACACCAUGGGGACGGGCUUCGACGUCAACAUUGCCGACGACGAGCUGGGCAUCAUUCCCCGCGCCGUCCACCACCUCUUCCGGGGCAUCGAGCGGCGCAGGGAGGCGGCCCAGGAACAGGGACGCCCCGCGCCAGAGUUUAAGAUCAACGCUCAGUUCUUGGAGCUUUACAACGAGGAAGUUCUGGAUCUGUUCGAUUCGGUGAGGGACGGGAAGCAGAAGUCUCACAUCAAGAUCCACGAGGACGCCAACGGGGGGAUCUACACGGUGGGCGUGACCACGCGCACUGUGUCAUCCGAGGCCGAGAUGAUGCAGUGCCUGAAGCUGGGGGCUCUGUCUCGCACCACCGCUAGCACGCAGAUGAACGUGCAGAGCUCUCGUUCCCACGCCAUCUUCACCAUCCACCUGUGCCAAGUUCGAGUUUGUGCCUCCUCUGACAAUCACGAAGACACCGACGAAGGCGACAAUCGGGUCUCCAACGGCAAUGGAGACAUGGACGAGUACGAGACGCUGAGUGCCAAAUUCCACUUCGUGGACCUGGCUGGCUCCGAGAGACUCAAGAGGACUGGCGCCACGGGAGACCGAGCCAAAGAAGGCAUUUCCAUCAACUGUGGACUGCUGGCUCUUGGCAACGUCAUCAGCGCUUUGGGGGACCGCAGCAAGCGGUCGUCGCACGUGCCUUACCGAGACUCCAAGCUGACCCGACUUCUGCAGGACUCCUUGGGCGGCAACAGCCAAACGGUGAUGAUCGCCUGCAUCAGCCCGUCCGACCGCGACUUCAUGGAGACGCUCAACACGCUCAAGUACGCCAACCGCGCCCGCAACAUCAAGAACAAGGUGAUGGUGAACCAGGACAAGGCCAGCCAGCAGAUCAGCGCACUCAGGACUGAGAUAGCCAGACUGCAGAUGGAGCUCAUGGAGUACAAGACAGGUAAACGCUUGGCGGGAGAAGACGGCGUGGAGAGCUUCAGUGACAUGUUCCACGAGAAUGCCAUGCUGCAGACGGAGAACAGCAACCUGCGGGUGCGGGUGAAAGCCAUGCAGGAAACCAUCGACGCCCAGCGGGCUCGACUCACGCAACUGCUCAGCGACCAGGCCAGUCAGGCUCUCGCCAGGGCGGGUGAAGGAGGCACGGAGGAAAUUGGCAACAUGAUUCAGAAUUACAUCAAAGAAAUUGAAGAUCUCAGGGCCAAGCUUCUGGAGAGCGAGGCUGUGAACGAGAGCCUGCGCAAGAGCCUCUCUCGCGCCUCCAGCCGCCAGGCCUUCUACGGCGGGCCCGGCUCCUUCCCCUCCGCCCCCGAGAAGGAGACGUCUGACAUCAUCGAGAUGGCCAAGAAGGACCUGGAGAAGCUGAAGAAGCGAGAGAAGAAGAAGAAGAAAAGUGUGUGCAAGGAGGACAUUCCCGACAACGAGCAGGAGAAGAACAGCGACAAGGAGAAUAACAUCGAGCGAGCCGGCGAUGACGCCGACAUGGAUGCACAGGAGGUGAGUGAGCAUGAUGAAGGCGAGGAAGAGGAUGAAGAGGAGGAUGAAGACAUGGAGGUUGAGGACAGCUCAGACGAUUCUGACUCGGAGUCGGACGAAAAAGAGAACUUCCAGGCAGACCUGGCAAACAUCACCUGCGAGAUCGCCAUCAAGCAGAAGCUGAUCGACGAGCUGGAGAACAGCCAGCGCCGCCUGCACACGCUCAAGCAGCAGUACGAGCAAAAGCUGAUGAUGCUGCAGUGCAAGAUCCGGGACACGCAGCUGGAGCGAGACCGGGUCCUCCAGAACAUGAACACUGUGGAAAGCGGCUCAGACGACAAGGCCCGCAAAAUCAAGACGGAGUACGAGAGGAAACUGAGCGUGAUGAACAAGGAGCUGCAGAAGCUCCAGUCGGCCCAGAAGGAGCACGCCCGCCUGCUCAAGAACCAGUCGCAGUACGAAAAGCAGCUCCGCAAGCUCCAGACGGACGUGGCCGAGAUGAAAAAGACUAAGGUUCGCCUCAUGAAACAGAUGAAGGAGCAGCAGGAGAAGAACCGCAUGAACGAGUCCCGGCGAAACCGGGAGAUCGCCUCCUUGAAGAAGGACCAACGCAAACAGGAGCAUCAACUGAAGCUGCUGGAGGCUCAGAAGAGGCAGCAAGAACUCAUCCUCAGGAGGAAGACAGAGGAGGUGACAGCUCUGAGACGGCAGGCCAGGCCCACCUCGGGGAAGGUCGUUCGAAAGGUCAAUGUACCAGAUCCCAACCAGGAUUCAGCCCACCGUUCCCUGUCUGGACGCAUGUACUCUGGACACACCGCUGGCAAUGGCACGAGGUCCUCCCCCAGGCGCGCCGUCGGCCUUUACUCCACCCGGAUGGCCCGCAACAAGUGGCAGUCUCUGGAGCGGCGCAUCUCUGACGUCAUCAUGCAGAGGAUGACCAUCUCCAACAUGGAGAAUGACAUGAACCGCCUACUGAAGCAACGCGAGGAGCUGACCAAACGCAAGGAGAAGGUGGUGAAGAAGCGAGAGCGACUGUUCAGAGAAGGCUCCGAGGCGGAGAAGGCGGUGAGCCCGCUCAACGAGGAAGCGGACGCGCUGGCCGCCAACAUCGACUACAUCAACGACAGCAUUGCCGACUGUCAGGCCAACAUCAUGCAGAUGGAGGAGACCAAGGAGGAAGGCGACACGGCCGACGUCUCUGCUGUGAUUGGAACCUGCACCCUGGCAGAGGCUCGUUUCCUGCUGGAUCACUUCAUGUCCAUGGCUAUAAAUAAGGGUCUGCAGGCGGCCCAGAAGGAGUCCCAGGUGAAGGUGAUGGAGGGCCGCCUGAAGCAAACGGAGAUCACCAGCGCCACUCAGAACCAGCUGCUCUUCCACAUGCUCAAAGAGAAAGCUGAGUUCAACCCAGAGCUGGACGCGUUGCUCGGCAACGCCCUUCAAGAGCUAGGUAGCGUGCCAGCCGAAAACGGCGACGACAGCAGCAGCGACGAGUCGGCCGCCAGCCCGUCGGCGGACGGAGCCACUGUGCCAGAUCUUAUGAAGUUUUGUGGAGACACCAAGUCCAGGAAUAAGGCUCGCAGGCGAACUACUACUCAGAUGGAGCUCCUGUACGCCAACAGCGAGGCCGCCCCCGACACCGCCGACUUCUCGGGCCCCGUGCUACCCCUUGCCGAGACCCCAGACGGCGGCGGCGACUUUGCUGCGCUCUCGUCAGGCUUCUCCUCCAAAAUGUCCAGCGUUUCGGGCUCCAGAAUGCCUUCAGCUGCAGAAAAAAGAGCUUCGCCGGCACCUUCGCCGCUCUCUCGCAGGAAGACGUAUGACAAGGCCCAAGCGACGGGCGACAGGGCAAAGCUCAAGGAGAUUAAACAGGUGAGUGCAUGUUUCCAUCUGUCCAACACCGUCUUCAGCUCAGCUGCACCACCUAAGUCUCAACCCAAGGGCGUCAUCUAUCCCGUGACGUCCACCAAGAGCCGCUCACCCUCGCAGCUGCAGUGCGUCCACGUGGCCGAGGGACACAGCAAGGCCGUCCUGUGCGUCGACUGCACCGACGACCUGCUCUUCACCGGGUCCAAAGACCGCAGUUGCAAGGUGUGGAACUUGGUGACGGGCCAGGAGAUCAUGUCACUGGCCGGACACCCCAACAACGUGGUGUCGGUGCGCUACAGCUCCAGCCUGGUCUUCACUGUCUCCACCUCUUACAUCAAAGUGUGGGACAUCCGCGACUCGGCCAAGUGCAUCCGGACACUCAGCUCCUCCGGUCAGGUUAACGUCGGCGACGUCUGCGCGUCCAGCACCAACCGGACGGUCAGCAUCCCGGCAGGCGAGAACCUGAUCAACCAGAUCAUGCUGAACCCCAACGGAACGGUCCUGUACGCCGCGGCCGGAAACUCAGUCAGGGUGUGGGAUCUACGAAGGUUUGCAUCUACUGGGAAACUCACUGGUCACCAGGGUCCUGUUAUGUGUUUGACUGUGGACCAGUCAGGGAACAACCAGGAUCUGGUGAUCACUGGCUCCAAAGACCACUAUGUCAAGCUCUUUGACGUGACGGAAGGCUCCAUGGGAAGUAUCGGCCCGACCCACAACUUCGAGCCCCCCCACUACGAUGGCAUCGAGUCUCUGGUGGUCCAGGGCGACGUCUUCUUCAGUGGCUCCCGUGACAACGGGAUCAAGAAGUGGGACUUGGACCGCAAGGACCUGCUGCAGCAAGUCCCAAACGCCCACCGUGACUGGGUUUGUGCCCUGGGGGUGGUUCCGGGCUUUCCGUUCCUCCUGAGCGGCUGCCGAGGAGGGGUUCUCAAACUGUGGCACACGGACACUCUGGCCGGCCUGGGCGAGCUCAAGGGUCACGACAGCCCCAUCAACGGGAUCUCCACCAACGCCAGCCACGUAUUCACCGCGUCCGACGACCGGACGGUGAAGAUCUGGCGCGCACGCGGCAGCGGACUGGACGGCACUCUCGAAGCGGUCGACAAUACAGCGGACGAGGUUGCGAGUAACUGAACGACCGCGCAGCGCCCCCUGAUGGACACUGUAGUGAUGUGCACUUUGCCUCCCUCUGCUUAUACUAAGCCCCAACACACACACACACACACACAAGGCCACUAAGCGAUAAUCCUCAUCAAGGUUGCUUCAAGUGCAUUUUCCAAAUAUUAGCCAUUAUUAGCUGUUGUUUUUAGCGUGACAGCGGUCCAACGUGGCCACCGUUUGUGCUUUGAAGUCUCGGAUGGAAGGUGUCGGGUUGCUAGCCGGUCUAACCAACCCAGCAGCGCUGUGCUUCCUGUUUCUUGCUGGAUGUCCUCAAGUCAACGCUUGUAGAAAUGUCCCCCUUUACCUCUUCUUUUAAGCUUUCACCUCCCGUUGAGUGAAGACGUCUCCAUUUUUUUUUCUUCUACAUCUUAAGUUUUCAAACGUGACAUGAUUCUGGAUGUGUCUAAUUUAUGGAACGUAGAUCAGCCUCGAUUGCGUGACGCACGGGCCUCGCGUUGCCACGUGACGCCAUUCGCCUUUUUAUUCUCAGCACGUCUUAAAAGUGAGGAUUUUUUUCAGGACGAAGACCACUCACACGCCGCAUACUGUAUAAACAUACGUUGACGUGGUCCGCACUCUGUAUACACUUUAGCCUGCCUCGUAUUUUGUACCCCCGGUCCGCGCUCAAUCCACUUACUCUAUUUUGACACGUUCGGUGUCCACUUUGUGUGCUCGCGCCAUGAACGUUGCUAUUACACACCCACUACACGUAGGUUAACACGGUUUGUCUAUAAUAACGUUAUCCACGCUCACUACAUGUUGACACGGUCCUUGCUCACUUCAUUUAUAUUGGCACGGGUCCGGCCUACUACAUUUAUCCGACGCGGUCUGUGCUCACUUCGUAUGUUGGCACGGACCAGGCUCACUACACGUAUACUGACGUCAGUAUUUGCCGACGUGGUCCGUCCUCGCUACGUGUCCUAUUGUUAUUGCUGUAGUGCAGGCUUACUACAUGGCCCAUACUCAUUACACAAAUGUAGACGGGGUCUGUACUCACUUUGUGUACGUGACGUGGUCCACUGUCUCGAAAUGUGUUCACAUGGUUCGGUUUUUACUUAUUUGUAUGUUACGUUAUCCAUUACAUGCUGACAUCGUCCGAGUUCUUAAUCGUGUGCGUUGACACCGUCAGUGAUCAUUAUGUGUACGGCGAUCCAUAUGGACAUCCUCCCUAAAUGUACACAACACGGUCCUUGCUCACUCUUCGCCUGCAGACAUGGACUCGCAUCCUUGAGGUUUAUGGAUGCGGUCUACGCUCAGCUGAUGUAUAUCGACUUGGUCAGUGCUCACUCGCUAAACGUGUUCAUCCUUCCUGGCUUUGACAAGAGGGCUUGUCGUCGCACACUUCGGGUGAGCUCCACUCAUUGGCUUGUCAAAUCACGGGAUGGAUACGUACCUUUAUGUCACCGACUUUUUUUUUUUUUUUUUUUGUAGAGGCCUUCAUUUCUCGUGAAUGUUUUGACGGCGACGACGCUAACACAAUUGAAUGUUUUCUCUUGGGACCACCGAUAUGAUUACUUACUGACUUGAUUUUUAUUCAUUCAUGUUUAGAUUAUUUUUUAUUGUCAUCCGUUUCGGAUCGGUCCCCAGCUCUGCGUAAUCCUGGACCUUCCCCGCCCUUUUGGAAUCGUAGAAGCCAUGUUCCAAAUGGCCGUCUCUGUAGCUAUUCUAAUGUCAGAUGAUGCCCGUGAGAAUAAACGCCAUCUGUCAAAAACAAAA